GUAACUCCAUUUAUCACAUGUAUAGUCUGUGGUAUCUGUGGCUGUUUCUCAAGUCUCAACAUCUCUCAUACACUAUAAUGUCAUCGCGAGAUUGUCAUCGCAGGCCCGUACGAACAUAGGCGGUCAAGGCUGCCAUGCACAAAAUCAAGACUUCCAGAUCUUGAAAUGCGGUGAUAGUCUUCAGAUCAAACCAGUUAAUCAAAAAAUUAUAAAACCCCUUCUGGACAAAAAGUUAACGCACAAAUUAUAAAACCUAUCGUACGGGCACCACACACAAGACACGCCACACCCAGCUCGGUGUAACCAGAAUUCUCGUCAACGAGAUAGGUCUUCCAACUCAACGAUGUCUGGAAAAGAGGAGAUGGAUUUUAUCUGCAAGGGCGUAGCGGAACUGUCGGUGCUGUCGUUCAGGAAGUUGGAGGAAGUGAGGAGGCUGGCUCACCAUCUACGGAAGGUCAUCAACCAUCCCAUGACAAACAAGAGCCCCGCCGUACUGCGCUACUUGAGAGACUUGGACGAAGCUCACAGGCAUAUAUUCCUAAAGAAACGGGACGGGGUCGAAGUUGAGUAUAUUUUCACGACUGAGAAGAAGAGCAGCCUCCAAAGACAAAGGUUCAACAGUCUUCCGGUCAGCGACGUGCCGGAAAUACUCAGGGCCCAGUUCUCUAUAGCUGACAACGCGAAGCAAGUCCACAUCUGUGUGGACUGCGACGUCGAAAUCGAGCUCGGAGACGAUAUACCUCUGAUGGAGUCCCUGCAGAAACAUUUCAAUCUCGAAGUGCAUUUACCCAAGGUGAAGAGGGAGAGUGUCGAUGUGGCCGAACCUAUAGUUCUACCGAAAAUGUCCAGGCGUUUGUCCGCCAUGGGCGGCGGGGAGAGCGGCCAGCAUAUAGAGCAAUUGAUGCAUCUCAUGAAGCCCAUGGAGAGGCUGGACAAGACGUUCUCAGCGAAGCUGGAGACCGCUCUGAUAAGACACUUGGCAGAUAACUCCGAGGCCAGCAUCGACGCGGCGGUCAAAUACUAUCAGAACAUCUACGACAAGCUCUGCCAAGAGGUCUCCGGCAUCGACUUCUCGACACAGACCAGCUCGGUGGCGCCCAUCAUCAUGAGCAUCAAAGACAACGUGAACCAGAACUUCGCGGCGGACGCCAACAAGAACUACGAGAACGACGAGAACGACAGACCGGCCAAGAAUCAGAUGAAGAAGUACCGCUACUACGGACCCAUCGAGACGUACAUCACGACGUUACUGAGGACCCACAAGCUGCUGACGCUAGCCGACGACCGCACUGGCAAACUGGCGUUCUUCUGCAUGGCCUGCGAGUACUACACGCUGAGGUUCCGCUACGACAGCGUCCUGAACCACGUGUUCAGCGACACGCACAUACACAACCUCGCCUACAUCCUGCAGUCGGAUAAAAACAUUCCAUACGCGAUGGGCGACACCGCCAUCAACGACCUCAACAAUAAGUUCCUCUUCAACUUCGGCGUGACCAGAGACGCGCGCGGGCCGAGCUGCGGGCUCUGUAAAUGCUCCAUGGAGUCCAACGAUAACGUCAUCCUGCACAUACUGGACGAGAACCACCUCGGGCGGCUCUCGGACAAGCUGUACAGGAAGAUGAAGCUCGACUCCCCGGACGGGCAGACACCGGACGAGUGGGGACCCAGGAGUCUAGACUGGGCCAAGUUCCUGGCGACUGUCGGCAAACCCCUGAACAACAGAGACCACGUAGUCAUAGAGAACUUCAUACGCCCGUCCGGGAAGCUGGCCAACUACUGCUCCUGCUGCGAGAUGACCUUGAAGGGUCCGCGUCAGGUGCUGUUCAACCACAUCCGCCAGAAGAAACAUCUACGCAACGCCGCCCCCCACAAGCUGUCGCUCCUCUACAAGAACCAAUGCCGACCCGCGGAGUACUACGCCAGUUUCGGCAACUUCUACAUAUGCACCAUCUGCCCGACCUACAUCGCGCUGCCCUCGUUCGCGGCGAUCGUCGAACACUUCGAUAGCAGCAUCCACGUGGAGACCGUGGCCAAGUUCAUCAACUGCGCCCUGCACCCUGACAGCGAUGACAAAAUACUCGCCACUAACAACAUCUCCACGUCCGACGGAAUCCAUUGCGACGUCUGCGAUGUGGCUCUCGGUGACGUCAGUUCCGCCGUCGGCCACGUGCUGUCGGACAUCAAUCACCAGAACCUGAUAGCCGAGGCCCGGCUCAAGGCCAACAAGGGCGACAUCAUCAGUGUGUACAUGCGCGGGAACCACAUCUUACACAACGAGGGCGCCGAGUUCACGUGCGUCGACUGCAAGGAGGUGUUCAAGUCGAUCCGCUCCCUGCUGACUCACCUGGUGUUCGCGGAGCACUUCGCCAACAAGCCGUCGGCGGAGAACGUGUUCCGCUUCUACCUGGAGCUGAAACACAACAUCUUAAUGCUGUCCAGGAACAAAUACGAUUACUACGAGUUCGGGAAGCUGAAGUGUGGCGUCUGCGAACAAGACUUAGAGGAGAACGAGAACGCCAAACGGCACGUGGUGUCGCCGCGGCACAGAGAUAACAUGGGGGCCAGUUAUAUUAAUGUUAGUUUGGACGCGUCUGCUAUGGAAUGAGGUUGUAUGUCUGUCGUUUGUUACAGUCGUAUGUCUGACCGCUGCCAGUCACCCGCUGCACUGACAACAGUCCACAAGUGAUAUAACAAUAAUAAAAUCAAUAUUUUAUAAUUUUA